AUGGAAUGGGAAAACCGAACUCAUCUGGAGGAAUUUUUUCUGAAGGGGCUUUCUGGUUACCCAAGCCUUGAGCAUCUCUUUUUUGUGCUCAUCUUAAUGAUGUAUGCAGUCAUCCUAGUGGGCAAUGGCACCCUUAUUAUACUCAGUAUUUUCGACUCUCACCUUCACACCCCUAUGUACUUUUUCUUGGGGAACCUGUCCUUCUUGGACAUCUGCUUUACUACCUCCUCUAUUCCCUUCGCCCUGGUAAGAUUUCUCUCAGAAAGAAAAACCAUUUCCUUCCUUGGUUGUGCAGUGCAGAUGUUUCUUGGCUUGGCCAUGGGAACAACAGAGUGUGUGCUCCUGGGCAUGAUGGCGUUUGACCGCUACGUGGCUAUCUGCAACCCUCUGAGGUACCCUCUCAUCAUGAGCAAGAGUUCCUGUGUGACCAUGGCAACCGGGUCCUGGUUUUCCGGGGUUGCCAACUCUGCAGUACAAACUGCAUUUGUGAUGCGGCUGCCUUUCUGUGGAAAUGUCAUCAAUCAUUUUCUCUGUGAAAUCCUGGCUGUCAUGAAGAUGGCUUGUACCGACAUCUCAGGCAAUGAAUUCAUCAUGCUUGUGGCCACAACUUUGUUCACUCUGAUGCCACUGCUCCUCAUUGUCAUCUCGUACUCAUUAAUCAUCUCCAGCAUUCUCAACAUUCGCUCUGCUGAAGGGAGAAGCAAGGCCUUCUCUACCUGCUCAGCUCACUUUACUGUGGUGAUAAUCUUCUAUGGGACCAUCCUUUUCAUGUACAUGAAACCCAAGUCUAAAGACAAACUCAAUGCGGAUGACUUGGACGCUACAGACAAACUCAUAUCCAUGUUCUACGGGGUGAUGACUCCCUUGAUGAAUCCUAUAAUCUACAGCCUCAGAAACAAAGACGUGAAAGAGGCCAUAAAAAAUCUGAAGGGAAGAUUCUUAGGCAAAUGAAUGUUAUCACAAGGCCCUACCCAUGGAGGAUGAGCUAAUCAAUGGCUUCUGUGAAAAGAAGAAUUCUUUUUCUUCAGCGAUGAGCCCUUUGGUCACGUUUCCCA